CCUGUUCAGGAGAGCUCUGAUCCCCCCAUUGAUCAACCUCCCCAGUCCCCAUCAUCACCUGAGCCCAGUGGAAAGAAUAUUUUAAGUAGAAAGUUCAAUGGAGCUUGCGUUUGGUAUAAAAGAACCUUUGAUUUAUUUAAUAUUCAUAUAUUCAUGCAUAUAUUGAUUUUAUUUUCACCUUCAUUUGCCAAAGGAUGAUAUAAGAGUGUCCUUUGGUUAGUGGUGGCCAUUGAUUUUCCUUUGGAUAACCUAAAUUAUCAGUGGGUGCAUCAACAGUCACCCAAGGCUAAUGAGAGAAUACAGAAUGAAUAAUGUAGACAGUUAACCUGUUUAGCAUCAAUCAAGACAGUGGUUAAGAAGUUCAAUCAACAUGGACUGAUCAUUGAUUAAUGAUUGAAUGAUUUUAUUCUUGAUUAGAAAUCCUGCUGGUUCAAAUGGCCACGAAAGUCUUCAGCAGUUAGGCCAACAACAGAGGACAUUGACAAAGGUAAAUUGUAAUGUAGCUAUCUUUGUGGUGAAAAAUUUAUGCAAUAACAUUCUAUCAUGCUCAGGGUUUUACUGACAGUAAGCUCUCGUACCUGAUGAGUAUUUUCCUAUGAAUGAUAGAUAAAAUACCUAAAGGUGAAAGGUCUUUUUAUAUUAACCAUUCUGUAUUGCAUGAGAUUUCAACUGCAAGGUCUGUGAAAAUUUGUGUGAUGGUCUGGGUUGAGAUAAUUAAUGUAUAAUUAAUUUAACAAUUUGUUCUGAUUAAUUAACUACAGUUGAAUUAAAAAGGAAAUGCCACUAUUAAACAAAAUUUUUCAAACCCUGCAGACUCACAGGUUGGAGUACAUCGCAUUGCUUUUGAACAAUCGCAUCUUACCUAUGAUGAAUAUAACGUAUUCUUCACAAGUAAGAUGGGAUUGUCAGCUCUUUCUUCACAAAAAGUGGUGAGUGAUUGAAAUCACAAGAGCCUGAGUUUUUGGUUCAUGUAGUUUAAGAAUAUAAGUCUUAAAAGUGGUAUGAUAAUCUUUUCUGAAGGAGUUUUAAGUAAUGUUUAAAAAACGAGCAGGAGUGUUUUAUUGGGUUUAAAACCACGAGGCGUAGCCGAGUGGUUUUUGACCCGAUAAAACACGUGCUGCAAGUUUUUUGAACCACUUCAAAAACAUUCUUGGAAAAGCGUGUGUCAGGAGAGAUCAUAACAAUUAUGCUUUUGUGAACGUUAGAAAUUAGCAUACGCAUAUGCAUUAGCAUAGCAUUACUGUACUAAUGGAAUAGAGAAUUUUUCCAGAUGUGUAUUUCACAACUGUACUAUUAAUUUGGUGCAAAAGUAAAUUUACUGUGUGAAAUUUGUUGAAAGAACAUUAAAUAUGUUCCCACCAUUUGUUGUGUCAGUUUCUGUGUUGAUAAUUAAUUAAUAUUCAUAAGUCACGUGCAGUGUCUUUAUAUCUGGAAACAUAUACCUACUUCAAAUAUUAGCAACCAAAUCAACAAAGUCAGAAGUCAGAUGAUAAAUUUGGUGAAUUAUAUUGGUACUGGUAAAAAGCACCUGAUGAUGCUAAUAACUUUGCACAUCAGUGGAUGUAUUACAGUUAUUUUGCUAAAAGAGUACAGAAUAUGGUUUUAUCUGACAGAUUUUAAUAAUAAUAUAAAUUAAACUGUAAUGUUUCUUUCAUUGCUUUUUUUCAGGUUCUUUGAACGAUUGAAUUUUUGCAUCAUUUUAAGGGCCAAAUUCACCCUGAAAGUUGUUUUUGAGCUUGGCAAACCAUUCAUCACGUGAGUAUAAGAAACAAAUAGUUUAUUUUAUGACUGAAAAAUAUGAUAGUGCUUGAUUUUUGAUAUUCUUGUAAAAUUAAAACCAAGUGGAUUUAAUAAAAGUGAUUUUACUGCACUUGGUUUGAGUUCAUAAAACUAAAGCCAUUGACAUUAGAAAAAUGCAAUCAGAAAAAAAGCAGAGACUGUUAGAAAGAGAUUAUCUGGUUUCAUUAACUGAGUCGAUAAUGUAAAUUGACCACUGACCAUCUUUGACCAUCUUUGGUUGGUAAAGAUGGACUUUGCACAAGAAUGGGUGCAGCAGUUUCAUCUUCUUUAAGGGAAUUGGGUUUGGAGGAAAUGAAAAUGGAACAAUGGAAAACUCUAGAAGUGAUUGGUUUAGAUUCCAGAGAAGUCCUCUUGCUCAGUUCUACUCCAGAUGCAAAAGUUGAUGAUUGUACUAGUGACAGCACUUGAACUGGAAUGACUUCAAAAAAGAAACAAUGUUUUGAAACUCUUAUAAAAACACUCCAUUUAUUCGCCCCUAACAUACGACAUACCUUAGACAACUUUUCUGACUUUUCCUUGAUCUACUUAACAAUGAAAACAUGUCAAACAAGUUUCUUCCGACCUUGCUUUGAUAUUUUCUUGUUAUUUUAAUGUACUUUGUUAUUAUUUCAAGUGAGAAUAAAUUAUUUAACACCUAUUGUACUAUUUACUUGUUCCAAGAAAACUUAAGGAAGCGAAAAUAAAAAUUCUUACUUGAUGUGUCAUAGCUCAAUCAAACUUUAUUUACCGGGGGUGGCACGAAACAGUACAAUACUGAUAAACGAGGAAGAGGAAAGCAUAAUUUCAUUUUUCUUUCAGGAGGAUAUACGUAUGAAGUUAUUACUGAACUUUUAGCUAAGGUUCAUGGCAUUACGAUGUUUGUACGAACAUUAAAAAGGGUUGAAGAAUUUGAACUUACAGAAUCAAAUGGAGACUAACCAAACACAAUGAAUCUAAAUAUUAAAACGAAAGGAAAAUACAAAUUAUGCAGUGUUUUUUUAACCUGAAGGCGAGAUCUUCGUAUUGGAAAUAAUGUCGUAAAAUCUAACAACUCCUUCAUUUGAUCGAUUUGUUUCUUCGUCUAAAUGCCCACCAGCCAGGUACUGCCUUAAAGAGGGAACUUGCGCAGUCUGGACGACACCGCCAAGGAAAACGUCAAUUAAUAAAUAAAUUUUUAUUUUUCUUAAGAAUUUGGCAAAUAACUCGAGUGGAUAUGAUUACUGUCUCUAACGGCGCCAGAAUGCAUCGAGUUCCAAGUGGAAUAAAUCAUUUGUCAUCGGGUCAUGAUAGUGUACCCACUACAUACCGAGUUACUCCUUAAAUAAACUACUCCCCUGGUAAAAAGCGGGCAGUUAACCCUCCCACCCCCAGGAGCGUCUGGCAUCUAAUUUCUCCUUACAGUAUCACCCUUUAAUUGAAUGUAAAGGUUAUAAGAAUAAAGGAAAUGAUCACCAAUUUAAGAAGCUCCUUAUUCUCAAAAACAAUUCUUGUCAGUAUCAUAGGAAAUGUAAGGAGAACAGGAUGGAAAAUGUGAAAGCUCAGGGUGGGGAAGGAAAGGGUUAAAUGUCACCAAACCUUUGGCUUGUUUUAUUCCCUUGCUGAAGAGGAUUCAAGUACAUUCACACAAAUAUACAAAAGCAGUGUUUAAAUUUAUUCAGCCUAUAAAGGAUAAAAAAAAGAGUAAAUAAAAAGCAUAUCUACAACGUCCUCAUUAUAACUGAGUUGAUGAUGGGUUUACUGUGGCCAAUUUAUAUUAUCAACUUUGUUGAUAAAACUGAUCAGUUUGUGAUACCUGGCACUGAUACAAAAAACAAAAAACAAAAAAAAAAGAACCUAUACACAUUCUAUGUUACCUAGUUUUCAACUAAAAGAAUGACAUAAAAGUAUGGGAAAUCUUUUUGCAUUUGAUUAUUGCUUAUAGCAUAACUAAAUUUAAUGUUUUCUUUGAAAAAACAAAUAAGCCUUGCUUGGGUUUCUUGGGACUUUAUAACAUCCUCAUUAUAACUGAGUUGAUAAUGAGUCUACUGUGGCCACUUUACAUUACCUACUUUAUUGAUAAAACUGACCAUUUUGUGAUACCUGGCACUGACACUGAAGACUAACCCCUUUACACAUUCUAUGUCACCUAGUUUUCAACUAAAAGAAUGACAUAAAAGUAUGGGAAAUCUUUUUGCAUUUAAUUAUUGCUUCUAAGAUAACUAAAUUUAAUGUUUUCUUUUAAAAUACGAAUGAGUCUUGUUUGGGUUUCUCAGGACUUUAGCCUUGCUUCCCUGCCAGUAACAGAAAUGAAUAAGAAAUAACGAGUGUAAGUAUUCAGCUUGGGUAAUGAGUAAUUUUCAAAGAUUCCACUCUUUCCUGAAACGAAACUUGUUAAAUUAUCAGGAGAUUUUAUUGGUCUGUUAUGACUCCAAUUGAUAUAAGGAUGGUAUCCAGAGGGGCCUGAUGUUGAAAACUAACAAUACUGUUAUAGAAACUACUAGUUAAAAACAUUUAAAUAUUUACAAAUAUAUUCCUAACAUUUUAUGAGGUAUAAUAAAGAUUAAGAAACUUAAAAGCAGCCUUAAAGUAUAAAAAAUUUAAACAGGGAAGUUAUAAAAGAAAGUAAUUUUUAAUUUAAUGUUUAAAUAUCUACAAGUACUCAGCUUGCUCCACUUGCUGUGAAAGAGCACAUUUUCUGCUUAGAUGUUUCUGAAGUCUGAGAAUAAGUAAUCAUUGCAUUCUGACACUGCAUAGACAGUCAAAACAACACAACAUCACAUUUCAUGACUGCCAUUUAAAACAAACUCUCUAAAUCCCCUCCCUUGUCCAUUGUUUAUUUUCCACAUUUACACAUAACCUUUUCAGCAGUCUCAAGAUACCUCCUAAGUUAACUAGUUACUAUCUUCCCUUACCAAACUGAUUCACAGCCAAUUCUGAUAGGAGCCACAGGACACUUUUUCAGCCAUUUUUUUUUGGAUGAACACCAACAAAAUUGUUGAUUUGUUGACAUUCAGAAACAGUGAUCGUGUCCUUUGCAGGGCUACUCCUGUAUAUGAAUGCUGAUGUCCUUCCAUGUUCAUCCACUUUGGUUAUAGUAAGGUGUUCAUUUUCAGGAACCAAAUGAAUACCUGCCAAACAACAAAGACAGAUCUAAAUAAGAUAACUCAUUUGCAAGUUAUAUAAUAACAAAAACACCCAACUACUUUAAAACUGACCAUUUUGUGAUACCUGGCACUGACACUGAAGACUAACCCCUUUACACAUUCUAUGUCACCUAGUUUUCAACUAAAAGAAUGACAUAAAAGUAUGGGAAAUCUUUUUGCAUUUAAUUAUUGCUUCUAAGAUAACUAAAUUUAAUGUUUUCUUUUAAAAUACGAAUGAGUCUUGUUUGGGUUUCUCAGGACUUUAGCCUUGCUUCCCUGCCAGUAACAGAAAUGAAUAAGAAAUAACGAGUGUAAGUAUUCAGCUUGGGUACGAGUAAUUUUCAAAGAUUCCACUCUUUCCUGAAACGAAACUUGUUAAAUUAUCAGGAGAUUUUAUUGGUCUGUUAUGACUCCAAUUGAUAUAAGGAUGGUAUCCAGAGGGGCCUGAUGUUGAAAACUAACAAUACUGUUAUAGAAACUACUAGUUAAAAACAUUUAAAUAUUUACAAAUAUAUUCCUAACAUUUUAUGAGGUAUAAUAAAGAUUAAGAAACUUAAAAGCAGCCUUAAAGUAUAAAAAAUUUAAACAGGGAAGUUAUAAAAGAAAGUAAUUUUUAAUUUAAUGUUUAAAUAUCUACAAGUACUCAGCUUGCUCCACUUGCUGUGAAAGAGCACAUUUUCUGCUUAGAUGUUUCUGAAGUCUGAGAAUAAGUAAUCAUUGCAUUCUGACACUGCAUAGACAGUCAAAACAACACAACAUCACAUUUCAUGACUGCCAUUUAAAACAAACUCUCUAAAAUCCCCUCCCCUUGUCCAUUGUUUAUUUUCCACAUUUACACAUAACCUUUUCAGCAGUCUCAAGAUACCUCCUAAGUUAACUAGUUACUAUCUUCCCUUACCAAACUGAUUCACAGCCAAUUCUGAUAGGAGCCACAGGACACUUUUCAGCCAUUUUUUUUUUGGAUGAACACCAACAAAAUUGUUGAUUUGUUGACAUUCAGAAACAGUGAUCGUGUCCUUUGCAGGGCUACUCCUGUAUAUGAAUGCUGAUGUCCUUCCAUGUUCAUCCACUUUGGUUAUAGUAAGGUGUUCAUUUUCAGGAACCAAAUGAAUACCUGCCAAACAACAAAGACAGAUCUAAAUAAGAUAACUCAUUUGCAAGUUAUAUAAUAACAAAAACACCCAACUACUUUAAAAUGCGAUUGUUGAAAGAACCCUUACAUUGUUGAGAGUAACAUUUUUGAAGGAUGUACCCCACAGUACUGGUCAACCUCACACAUAUUCCAUGCUACACUUAACUGUGUCCAACAGAAGAUCAAAAUAAUCAUACUCACCAUGGGUAUCCUUUUCCCAAAGGUAAACAAUGAUACACCUGACAGUUUUCAUGACAACUGGAGGUGAGUCCACAAAAUUUUCCAGAAAACUCAUGUUCCCUAUUACAUCAUCUUGGAUACUUGAAUAAUCAUACUGAAAUCGGCACUCCUGUGUGUCACUCACAUUCAGUUGUACUUCAUGUGGAAGUUGUACAACUAUUGAAAGAAACAAAAUACAGUCAAGUCUACAAACUCCAAAAUAGGCAGAAAAUGUGAUGUAUCAGCUAUUCUCCUUGGCCUGCAAAGGCAAGACAAAAGUCCUGUCCAAUAGCCACAUUUCUAUUAAUGUUAAUCUCAAGACUGAGCAGAUUAGGAAGACUGCAUAAAAAAAGUUUCACACGGCCUAGCAACAAAUGUAAUGCAAUACUCACUUCACUGGAGCAACAUCAAUUACUAAUUUGGUUCCAUUUUAAUUUAACUUAAGGUUGACAAAAAUUUUAAGUAAUAACCAAUUCACACCAAAGCUUAAGUAAAUUGGCCAUGGCAGAGAGUUUCUGAGCCAACAUUUCAAAGGUAGCCCUUCAUUGCAGUGAAUGGUGAGCUGCUUAAGCCAGUGUUUACCAGUUUGAAAUUUGACACAUUGAAAUUAAGAGUUAGUGACUACUUCAAUGAACCAUAUGAGAAAUUCAGUUGUUCAGUUCUCUGUUACUGAUGUUCAUUCAGUUAAACACAGUUGAACGGAACAUGCUCUGGUGGUGUGAAAAGGGUAUUAGACUUGAGGUAAUUCUGUAUGUUAAAAAGUCUCUGAAAAUAUAUUUUUGCCCAUUGUAAAAGUGAGAGUCAGAAUCUGUCAGCCUGAUCUCAAAAUCUUCUAGCCACUGGCUUGCUAUACCAAACCAAUAAGGUUUGUUAUGUUAACAAUGUUCAAUAAAUAUGAAAACCAGUACACUCAAAUCAAAACAGGUUACAAUUAUCUGAAAUACAAUUACCAGGCUCAUCGUCAACCUCCAUUCCUUCUUUGCUAUCAAUGCCAUAUCUGGCUGCAAAUUUCAAUUCCAAAUCCUGUUGGUGGAAUACAGAUAAAAAUGUCAUUACCUGUAAUAGGCAUUCUUCAAUCUACGCCAAAACUAGUUUAAAAUCAGCAACACAAAUUCAUAUUCUGUGACUCACUUUUUAAAAUGCUUGAACUGUAUAAAUAAAAUUAUCAUCAUUGAGUUUACUAUAACCUUUAAGCUUUAAAGCUUUGAGAUUGGCAUGGCUUAAACGAAUAUUUAACGCAAAUGAUGGAACAUGGAAGCAGUAUUUACAACACCAAUUGAAAACAUUUGGAGGACUGUUCUUUGUUAAUUGUAACUAUGAUGUUAACGAUUAUACAAUCACUUCCCAGUUUUAUCGAGAGCUUCUUCUAUGGUGGUCACAAUUUCGUGAAACUUUCGCUACAGACUUGAAUUGGACAAAUGUUAUUUGGAAUAAUCAAGAAAUUAGAAUAGAUCAAAAGCCUAUCUAGUACAAAAAAUUUUUUGACUCUGGAAUCACUCACAUCCAUGAUCUCCGGCGCAAUUUGAAUAUUAAUGAUUCCUUCAGUUACAUUUCAAAUAAAAUUAGAAAAAUUAGCUUUCUACAAUGGGCAGGUCUUCGACACUCAAUACCUGAUUUUUUGAAAGAUGAUCGUGAUUAUAUCUAUACACUAAUGCCUUCUUCGCUUCAAAUAAAUAACAUUUUUGAUGUGAAGGACUAGAAAUCGAAAGAUUAUUAUUCCUUACUUGUUAUAAAGAAAUCACAGCCUCCUAAUAUUGUUCAUAAAUGGAAAAGCGACUUAAAUAUCUCAGAUGAUCUAUUGAGGGAAUCUUUCAUUUUACCUCACUCUGUUGCACUUGAAUCCUAUGUGAAGGCUUUUCAGUAUAAAAUCCUUAACAAUAUACUCUACACAAACACAAAAUUGUGUAAAAUUGGCUUUAGAGCUGAUGACUUAUGCACUUUCUGCGAAAGCUGAGCAAGAAAUGCUAUAUCACCUGCUUUAUCAAUGCACUUAUGCGAGACAGUUCUGGAAUGAUUUCAAAUUGUACUGGUUCCGCUUGGCAAAUCAGGUAGUUCACCUGACUUUGGAAAAUGUCAUCAUUGCUUAAUUUCUUAAGCUGAAAAUAGGGUAACUGCGUAAGAUUGUUAGAUAUAUCGAAUUGUUAUCAUUUUUAACCUAUUUUAUGAAUGUAAAAUUGUAACUGCGUAAAUGAAAGGUCAGAAUAAAAUUGUUUAAAAAAAUAACAAAUCAUUGAGUUUACUUGGUCAGCUUCUUAAAAAUGAGUUGUGCAAGUUUUUAAGUCAUGGAUGAUGACCCAAAAUACAAUUUUGCACCAUGAUGAACUUUUUUUACAAUUCUACUUUCUCUUCAAGACAACUAGAAGGUAGGUAAAUGCAAUUAUGUCUCAACAAAGAAUUGUAUAACGUAUAUAUGUACAAAUGUUAUGUGAUUGUGCAGGUGGAGGAAUAAUGAGAAACAGUUUACUCUUUCAAAUUCCCUGAAUGAUAACCAUGUGAUGUUCACCAUUUUUUCAUUUAUUCCAAUGUCUAUCUACAAAACUCACCUUAUAAUGGUACUGCAAACUGAUAGUUGAUUCUGAAAAAGAACAGUUUACAGGUAAAAAUUGAAUCAACAAGAACCCUGAUAUUCUGUUUCACAAUCAAGAGUGACUGAAAAAGAUCAGAGAAGGAAGAAAAAUAUUGACAUGUAUUGAUUUAGGCAUAUUCUUUGUUCUCACAAAAAACUCUUUAGAGUUCAAAUUAAAAAAAUGGUCAACAGUCAUUACAAGUAGCUAGUUAUAGAAUUUAAGUUGUGUAUUUAACUGUAACAAAGCAUUACAUGUGGAUAGAAAGCCUGUUUAGGGUCAUUUGGCUCUUCAUGAUCAACAUCAUAUAGUUUGGAAUGGCUAUGUUCAUUUGAUUCCUCAAAUUUAUCAGGAGCAUAUAUACCAACUUGGUUUUUAGCUCAUUCAUGCUGAAAGCAAUGAAUGAGGUAUUGUGGUGGAGCAGAUGUUGAUGGAAGUUGUGUUCUGUGGACAGAAGUAGUCUCACAUGCUACCCCUCUCCAUUAAGUCGAAAUUAAUUUCGAUGAAGCUAAAAAACUCACGUGGAAAGAAUAAAAUGUUUAUAUGGUUUAAUAAAAAUAAUAGCCUCAAAUCACAUUUCUGAACUUCUAAAAAUACAACUUGAAUCGAGAGGCCGAAAUUUUCUCACCCAAGGGACCGGUAGCGGGUUCAUUUCAACACAUGCUGUGACCACGCAGAAGAGCAACAGAUCGAAGGUGUGUAUGUGCAUGCAUAAUGAAGUACGGGGCUGUGCGGAAAUUUUUCCGCACUUUCGUGAGUGGCCAUUUCUUUACUUCAGGGUUGUAGAUAAGAGCCGGCAGCCGGCGAAGUACGCUGGUUUCUCUGCAAGGUUUCGCCGGCCACUUUCAUUGUUUCGAGAGCCCGUACAAAGAUGAUGUUUAUCAGGUCUAAAUUUGGGCUCCAUAAAAAUACAAAUUUGCGCUGCCUAUCUUUUCUGAAAACAUAAGAAGUCUUCUGACUCAAAGUUAGUUUAAAAACGUUCUGAUGGGGACUGUCUUUUUGACAAAUCUUGCUACGGUGGCAGGAAAGUACGAACAAUAUGACGUUUUGUCCGCCAUAUUGGCCAUAUUGGAUUUCGAGAUAUGAAUACCAUUUAUCUUUAAAAAAGCUCCGGCUACUUAAAAAACCUUAGAGAAAACCCUGUUACUUUACUGAUGGUUUUAUCUCUGAUCUGUUUGAUGACAACGCAAAUAUUAAUAUGUGAAAAUCAGACAAUAUGACGGCUUGAAAUUCGACCAAGAACGAUUGUGACCGCUUUGUUAAAAACCAUAAAAUGUAUUUGAACAACCAAAAGCGGCACAAUGCUUUCCUUUCCUUUUUGGGAGAAAACUAGCUUUAUCGAGAUUUCGGCUAGGACCAUCCAUUUUCCUUAAAAAUCGAACAAUUUUACUACCCAUGUACGAAUUUCAACAAAAGCGCUCACAGACAUUUAACACGAGUCAAUCCUCGCCUCGUUCUCACUUGUGCGCGUUUUCAUGCCCAAUAUAGCGCUAGGAACUAUAAACAGGUCUAUUAUUUACAUGUACUGAUUUGGGCAUAUAUAACCUUUCACGGGAAAACGCACACUAACGGCUUUCCGUUAAACGGGUCAACCGCAAACAUCAAAAGUCUAAGUGUUCGACGGGCAUCAUUUAAAAUACAGCGGGUGUCUUUGGCGUAGAUUCUUUGUCUAAUAACGAAUAAUAUCGUGUCUACGACGAAAAAGCCUUUUCCUUUUACAUUCGACUCAAGGUCUAAUAAGCCGAAUAUUGUAUAGGAAGAAUGCGGAGUAUACAGGAAGCUAAAGUGUUUGUUGAUCGAGGUUGUCUGAGAAAGAUCAGGAUAAAACCUCUGUGAUCGCUGUUAACUUUGACGGCAUUAGGUCUCUUAGAGAGUACAUAUACCGACUAGGUUUUUAGCUUAAAACCCCACAGUCCUAAUGGGGCCAAACGCCUGACAGUCAGAAAUUUUCAAAGUAUUCACAUACCUCUCUUUUUCGCGGAAAAGGCCAUUCUGCAAUUGAACAAAAUUCAGGCGGAGAAACGCGAGGAAUCGAGUUGGCGAAUUUCCCAUCAUUCUUUACUCCUAUGUUGUCAGAAUGGAUGCUUUGGGCUUAUGCUAGGUGAAAGAAUAUUCAUAGAGUUAUAUCACUGUUUCCUCUCUCUUCUGAUUGGCUGAUGUGAAUUUAUCUGCGCAUGGAACGCGCAUGAAGUACCCUCACAGCAGCCAAUCAGAAAGGAGAGAAGAAACAGUAAAAUUACAGGAAACAGUGAUAUAACUUUAUAAAACUACUUUGAGGUACCAUAAAUCCAAAGUAUCCAUUCUGAUAACAUAAGAGUAAAGAAUGAUGGGAAAUUCGCCAAUUCGAUUCCUCGCGUUUCUCCGCCUGAAUUUUGUUCAAUUGCAGAAUGGCCUUUUCCGCGAAAAAGAGAGGUAUGUGAAUACUUUGUAAAUUUCUGACUGUCAGGCGUUUGGCUCCAUUAGGACUGUGCCCGUCGAACACUUAGACUUUUGAUGUUUGCGGUUGACCCGUUUAACGGAAAGCCGUUAGUGUGCGUUUUCCCGUGAAAGGUCAUAAAUUCCCAAAUCAGUACAUGUAAAUAAUAGACCUGUUUAUAGUUCCUAGCGCUAUAUUGGGCAUGAAAACGCGCACAAGUGAGAACGAGGCGAGGAUUGACUCGUGUUAAAUGUCUGUGAGCGCUUUUGUUGAAAUUCGUACAUGGGUAGUAAAAUUGUUCGAUUUUUAAGGAAAAUGGAUGGUCCUAGCUGAAAUCUCGAUAAAGCUAAUUUUCUCCCAAAAGGAAAGGAAAGCAUUGUGCCGCUUUUGGUUGUUCAAAUACAUUUUAUGGUUUUUAACAAAGCGGUCACAAUCGUUCUUGGUCGAAUUUCAAGCCGUCAUAUUGUCUGAUUUUCACAUAUUAAUAUUUGCGUUGUCAUCAAACAGAUCAGAGAUAAAACCAUCAGUAAAGUAACAGGGUUUUCUCUAAGGUUAUUAAGUAGCCGGAGCUUUUUUAAAGAUAAAUGGUAUUCAUAUCUCGAAAUCCAAUAUGGCCAAUAUGGCGGACAAAACGUCAUAUUGUUCGUACUUUCCUGCCACCGUAGCAAGAUUUGUCAAAAAGACAGUCCCCAUCAGAACGUUUUUAAACUAACUUUGAGUCAGAAGACUUCUUAUGUUUUCAGAAAAGAUAGGCAGCGCAAAUUUGUAUUUUUAUGGAGCCCAAAUUUAGACCUGAUAAACAUCAUCUUUGUACGGGCUCUCGAAGCAAUGAAAGUGGCCGGCGAAACCUUGCAGAGAAACCGGCGUACUUCGCCGGCUGCCGGCUCUUAUCUACAACCCUGAAGUAAAGAAAUGGCCACUCACGAAAGUGCAAGUGAGAAGACUAUAUGAAGGCUCGAAAUUAUAUUAAGAACGAUUGCGAUCAAGAGACGGGCAAGGAAUAUUCGGAAAAAUUUCCGCACAGCCCCGUACUUCAUUAUGCAUGCACAUACACACCUUCGAUCUGUUGCUCUUCUGCGUGGUCACAGCAUGUGUUGAAAUGAACCCGCUACCGGUCCCUUGGGUGAGAAAAUUUCAAUAUUAGGAGGCUGUGAUUUCUUUAUAACAAGUAAGGAAUAAUAAUCUCUAGAUUUCUUUUCCUUCACAUCAAAAAUAUUGUUAUUUAUUUGAAGCAAAGAAGGCGUUAGUGUAUAGAUAUACCGUAUUCAAGUUGUAUUUUUAGAAGUUCAGAAAUGUGAUUUGAGGCUAUUAUUUUUAUUAAACCAUAUAAACAUUUUAUUCUUUCCACGUGAGUUUUUUAGCUUCAUCGAAAUUAAUUUCGACUUAAUGGAGAGGGGUAGCAUCAGUGAGACUACUUCUGUCCACAGAACACAACUUCCAUCAACAUCUGCUCCACCACAAUACCCCAUUCAUUGCUUUCAGCAUGAAUGAGCUAAAAACCAAGUCGGUAUAUAUGCUCCUGAUAAAUUUGAGGAAUCAAAUGAACAUAGCCAUCCCAAACUAUGAUGUUGAUCAUGAAGAGCCAAAUGACCCUAAACAGGCUUUCUAUCCACAUGUAAUGCUUUGUUACAGUUAAAUGCACAACUUAAAUUCUAUAACUAGCUACUUGUAAUGACUGUUGACCAUUUUUUUAAUUUGAACUCUAAGAGUUUUUUGUGAGAACAAAGAAUAUGCCUAAAUCAAUACAUGUCAAUAUUUUUCUUCCUUCUCUGAUCUUUUUCAGUCACUCUUGAUUGUGAAACAGAAUAUCAGGGUUCUUGUUGAUUCAAUUUUUACCUGUAAACUGUUCUUUUUCAGAAUCAACUAUCAGUUUGCAGUACCAUUAUAAGGUGAGUUUUGUAGAUAGACAUUGGAAUAAAUGAAAAAAUGGUGAACAUCACAUGGUUAUCAUUCAGGGAAUUUGAAAGAGUAAACUGUUUCUCGUUAUUCCAUUAUGGGUCAUCAUCCAUGACUUAAAAACUUGCACAACUCAUUUUUAAGAAGCUGACCAAGUAAACUCAAUGAUUUUUUAUUUUUUUAAACAAUUUUAUUCUGACCUUUCAUUUACACAGUUACAAUUUUACAUUCAUAAAAUAGGUUAAAAAUGAUAACAAUUCGAUAUAUCUAACAAUCUUACGCAGUUACCCUAUUUUCAGCUUAAGAAAUUAAACAAAUUAAACUAAUUAAACCAAGCAACAUAAAGUAAAAAAAAAAGAGGGAAAAAACAGGAUAGAAGGCAAAUCAGCUUAAGAUUUUUUAAAUUAUUAACCAUUCCUUUUCAUUUGAAUAUCCAUUUCUUUUCAAAAAAGUUUUUCUUAUUUAUUUUUCUUUCAAUUUCAUAUUUGAUAGCUAUCUUGUUCUGAUAACCUUGUAUUUUAGGGUGUAUUUGUUUUCUUCUGCAGUCCCACAAAAACAGUUUUCCAAUAAUAAUAAGGUAAUUGAGUAGUGUAUGUGAAGGGCAUUGUGUUGAAAGCCUUCCAAAUAAAACAUUUUCCAAAGUCAGGUGAACUACCUGAUUUGCCAAGCAGAACCAGUACAAUUUGAAAUCAUUCCAGAACUGUCUCGCAUAAGUGCAUUGAUAAAGCAGGUGAUAUAGCAUUUCUUGCUCAGCUUCGCAGAAAGUGCAUAAGUCAUCAGCUCUAAAGCCAAUUUUACACAAUUUCGUGUUUGUGUAGAGUAUAUUGUUAAGGAUUUUAUACUGAAAAGCCUUCACAUAGGAUUCAAGUGCAACAGAGUGAGGUAAAAUGAAAGAUUCCCUCAAUAGAUCAUCUGAGAUAUUAAAGUCUCUUUUCCAUUUAUGAACAAUAUUAGGAGGCUGUGAUUUCUUUAUAACAAGUAAGGAAUAAUAAUCUCUAGAUUUCUUUUCCUUCACAUCAAAAAUAUUGUUAUUUAUUUGAAGCAAAGAAGGCGUUAGUGUAUAGAUAUACCGUAUUUACCCGUGUAUAAUGCGCACCCGUGUAUAAUACGCACCCUAAUUUUUGACCUUUUUUCCGAAAAAAAAGAUUUCAUGACAAAUACCAAGAAUUAAAACUUCCAUUUUUUCACUUAAUUAACAAGAGCUGGGAAUUAAUCAAUAAUAUGUUUACAACAAUUUCUAACUAGUUGCUACUACAAAAUAUCACAUGCACCGAGCACCUAUUUACAAGCUUUUCUAUUCAAUAACAGUCAAACAUUUUACAAAUGUUGUAACUUGAAGUCCUUAUUAAUAUACCUAAAUUCACAACUGGAAUUAUUAUCAUAAAAGUCAUUCAUAAACAUUAUUUCUACUCACAGCACUGCUGGUAGCUCAAAUAUCAUCACUGCAUUGCAAUUGCAUGAUUUAAGCAAAAUGUUCAGUGUCUUUAAACAACGAAACCUUCAAAUUCCGACUCGCAGUCUGAUUCAAAUAAGUUUUCGAUGACUGAAUCAUCAAGUUCAUCAGUGAUCUCGGUUGAAUUGUAAACCGAUUCAUCUUGUGAUCCAUCCGAAUUGUUUGUGCACUCACACUUCAGAGAGAGGCAGCGAUCAUUUCUGAUGGAAUGGCUUUCUACGCUUGUGAAAUAUACGAACAGAUCAGUUCCUCCGAAGCCUUUUUUUGUCGUCCAGUAAAUUCAUGAAUUCCAUCAGCCAUCCACUGCUUUCGGACUCCAUCUCUAAACGGUUUGUUCAAAGAUACAUCGAGUGGCUGGAGAAGGGAAGUUUAUGUUUGAAGGAAGCAUUCACAGUAUCUGUCACAUGAGCUUCAAAUGAGUCGUAAACAAGCAAGCUCUUUCUCCUGGGCCACCGAUCCACGGACUUUUACUUUCUUUGUUGUGUUUUUAAUGUAUGCAAAUUAGGACGUGUUUAACAAACAAUAGAAUCCAUGUACAAUAUGCACCGCGAUUUUGAUGCUUGUUUUUAUGGAAAAAAAAGUGCGCAUUAUACACGGGUAAAUACGGUAAUCACGAUCAUCUUUCAAAAAAUCAGGUAUUUAGUGUCGAAGACCUGCCCAUUGUAGAAAGCUAAUUUUUCUAAUUUUAUUUGAAAUGUAACUGAAGGAAUCAUUAAUAUUCAAAUUGCGCCGGAGAUCAUGGAUGUGAGUGAAUCCGGAGUCAAAAAAUUUUUUGUACUAGAUAGGCUUUUGAUCUAUUCUAAUUUCUUGAUUAUUCCAAAUAAUAUUUGUCCAAUUCAAGUCUGUAGCGAAAGUUUCACGAAAUUGUGACCAUCAUAGAAGAAGCUCUUGAUAAAACUGGGAAGUGAUUGUAUAAUCGUUAACAUCAUAGUUACAAUUAACAAAGAACAGUCCUCCAAAUGUUUUCAAUUGGUGUUGUAAGUACCGCUUCCAUGAUCCAUCAUUUGCGUUAAAUAUUCGUUUAAGCCAUGCCAAUCUCAGAGCUUUAAAGCUUAAAGGUUAUAGUAAACUCAAUGAUGAUAAUUUUAUUUAUACAGUUCAAGCAUUUUAAAAAGUGAGUCACAGAAUAUGAAUUUGUGUUGCUGAUUUUAAACCAGUUUUGGCAUAGAUUGAAGAAUGCUUAUUACAGGUAAUGACAUUUUUAUCUGUAUUCCACCAACAGGAUUUGGAAUUGAAAUUUGCAGCCAAAUAUGGCAUUGAUGGCAAAGAAAGAAUGGAGGUCGACGAUGAGCCUGGUAAUUGUAUUUCAGAUAAUUGUAACCUGUUUUGAUUUGAGUGUGCUGGUUUUCAUAUUUAUUUAACAUUGUUAACAUAACAAACCUUAUUGGUUUGGUAUAGCAAGCCAGGGGCUAGAAGAUUUGAGAUCAGGCUGACAGAUUCUGACUCUCACUUUUACAAUGGGCAAAAAUAUAUUUUCAGGGACUUUUAACAUACAGAAUUACCUCAAGUCUAAUACCCUUUUCACACCACCAGAGCAUGUUCCGUUCAACUGUGUUUAACUGAAUGGACAUCAGUAACAGAGAACUGAACAACUGAAUUUCUCAUAUGGUUCAUUGAAGUAGUCACUAACUCUUAAUUUCAAUGUGUCAAAUUUCAAACUGGCAAACACUGCUUUGAGCAGCUCACCAUUCGCUGCAAUGAAGGGCUACCCUUGAAAUGUUGGCUCAGAAACUCUCUGCCAUGGCCAAUUUACAUCAUCAAGUCAUUGAUGUUUAAAUUGAUGAAACCAAAUUAUCUGAUUUUAAAGUGUGUUUAAUUAACAAAAUAGCUUUAAAACAAGCUUAAGCUUUGGUGUGAAUUGGUUAUUACUUAAGAUUUUUGUUAACCUUAAGUUAAAUUAAAGUGGAACCAAAUUAGUAUUUGAUGUUGCUCUAGUGAAGUGAGUAUUGCAUUGCAUUUGUUGCUAGGCCGUGUGAAACUUUUUUUAUGCAGUUUUCCUAAUCUGCUCAGUCUUGAGAUUAAAAUUAAUAGAAAUGUGGCUAUUGGACAGGACUUUUGUCUUGCCUGUGCAGGCCAAGGAGAAUAGGUAAUAGAUCACAUUUUCUGCCUAUCUUGGAGUUUGUAGACUUGACUGUAUUUUGUUUUUUUCAAUAGUUGUACAACUUCCACAUGAAGUACAACUGAAUGUGAGUGACACACAGGAGUGCCAAUUUCAGUAUGAUUAUUCAAGUAUCCAAGAUGAUGUAAUAGGGAACAUGGGUUUUCUGGAAAAUUUUGUGGACUCGCCUCCAGUUGUCAUGAAAACUGUCAGGUGUAUCAUUGUUUACCUUUGGGAAAAGGAUACCCAUGGUGAGUAAGAUUAUUUUGACCUUAUGUUGGACACAAUGAAGUGUAGCAUGGAAUAUGUGUGAGGUUGACCAGUGCUGUGGGGUACAUCCUCCAAAAAUGUUACUCUCAACAAUGUAAGGGUUCUUUCAACAAUUGCAUUUUAAAGUAGUUGGGUGUUUUUGUUAUUAUAUAACUUGCAAAGGAGUCAUCUUAUUAAGAUCUGUCUUUUUUGUUUGGCAGGUAUUCAUUUGGUUCCUGAAAAUGAACACCUUACUAUAACCAAAGUGGAUGAACAUGGAAGGACAUCAGCCUUCAUCUACAGGAGUAACCCUGCAAAGGACACAAUCACUGUUUCUGAAUGUCAACAAAUCAACAAUUUUGUUGGUGUUCAUCCAAAAAAAAAAUGGCUGACAAGUGUCCUGUGGCUCCUUUCAGAAUUGGCUGUGAAUCAGUUUGGUGAGGGAAGAUAGUAACUAGUCAACUUAGGAGGUAUCUUGAGACUGCUGAAAAGGUUAUGUGUAAAUGUGGAAAAUAAACAAUGGACAAGGGGAGGGGAUUUUAGAGAGCUUGUUUUAAAUGGCAGUCAUGAAAUGUGAUGUUGUGUUGUUUUGGCUGUCUAUGCAGUGUCAGUGCAAUGAUUACUUAUUCUCAGACUUCAGAAACAUCUAAGCAGAAAAUGUGCUCUUUCACAGCAAGUGGAGCAAGCUGAGUACUUGUAGAUAUUUAAACAUUAAAUUAAAAAUUACUUUCUUUUAUUAAUUCCCUUUUUUAAAUUUUUUAUACUUUAAGGCUGCUUUUAAGUUUCUUAAUCUUUUAUUAUACCUCAUAAAAUGUUUGGAAUAUAUUUGUAAAUAUUUAAAUAUUCUUAACUAGUAGUUUCUAUAACAGUAUUGUUAGUUUUCAACAUCAGGCCCCUCUGGAUACCAUCCUUAUAGCUGAAUGUGUUACCCCAUAUAAAUAAAGUUUAUCUAUCUAUCAACUGGAGUCAUAACAGACCAAUAAAAUAUCCUGAUUAUUUAACAAGUUUCGUUUCAGGAAAGAGUGGAAUCUUUGAAAAUUACUCAUACCCAAGCUGAAUACUUACACUUGUUAUUUCUUAUUCAUUUCUGUUACUGGCAGGGAAGCAAGGCUAAAGUCCUGAGAAACCCAAACAAGACUCAUUCGUUUUUGUAAAAGAAAACAUUAAAUUUAGUUAUCUUAGAAGCAAUAAUUAAAUGCAAAAAGAUUUCCCAUACUUUUAUGUCAUUCUUUUUGUUGAAAACUAGGUAACAUAGAAUGUGUAUAGGGUUUUUUUUUUUUUAGUAUCAGUGCCAGGUAUCACAAAAUGAUCAGUUUUAUCAACAAGGUUGAUAAUAUAAAUUGGCCACAGUAAACCCAUCAUCAACUCAGUUAUAAUGAGGACAUUGUAGAUAUGCUUUUUAUUGACUCUUUUUUUAUCCUUUAUAGGCUGAAUAAAUUUAAACACUGCUUUUGUAUAUUUGUGUGAAUGUACUUGAAUCCUCUUUAGCAAGGGAAUAAAACAAGCCAAAGGUUUGGUGACAUUUUACCCUUUCCUUCCCCACCCUGAGCUUUCACAUUUUCCAUCCUGUUCUCCUUACAUUUCCUAUGAUACUAACAAGAAUUGUUUUUGAGAAUAAGGAGCUUCUUAAAUUGGUGAUCAUUUCCUUUAUUCUCAUAACCUUUACAUUCAAUUAAAGGGUGAUACUGUAAAGAGAAAUUAGAUGCCAGACGCUCCUGGGGGUGGGAGGGUUAACUGCCCACUUUUUACCAGGGGAGUAGUUUAUUUAAGGAGUAACUCGGUAUGUAGUGGGUACACUAUCAUGACCCGAUGACAAAUGAUUUAUUCCACUUGGAACUCGAUGCAUUCUGGCGCUGUUAGAGACAGUAAUCAUAUCCACUCGAGUUAUUUGCCAAAUUCUUAAGAAAAAUAAAAAUUUAUUUAUUAAUUAACGUUUUCCUUGGCGUUGUCGUCCAGACUGCGCAAAUUCCCUCUUUAAGGCAGUACCUGGCUGGUGGGCAUUUAGACGAAGAAACAAAUCGAUCAAAUGAAUGAGCUAUUAGAUUUUACGAUAUUAUUUCCAAUACGAAGAUCUCGCCUUCAGGAUAAAAAAAACACUGCAUAAUUUGUAUUUUCCUUUUGUUUUAAUAUUUAGAUUCUUUGUGUUUGGUUAGUCUCCAUUUGAUUCUGUAAGUUCAAAUUCUUCAACCCUUUUUAAUGUUCGUACAAACAUCGUAAUGCCAUGAACCUUAGCUAAAAGUUCAGUAAUAACUUCAUAUGUAUAUCCUGAAAGAAAAAUGAAAUUAUGCUUUCCUCUUCCUCGUUUAUCAGUAUUGUACUGUUUCGUGCCACCCCCGGUAAAUAAAGUUUGAUUGAUUGAUCGAUUUCAGUUCAAACCCACAACAUGUACAGUAGAAAAAUGGUGCCUUCGUAGUAUGUAGAUAGAGCUGUGACACAAGUAAGAAUUUUUAUUUUUGCUUCCUUAAGUUUUCUUGGAACAAGUAAAUAGUACAAUAGGUGUUAAAUAAUUUAUUCUCACUUGAAAUAAUAACAAAGUACAUUAAAAUAACAAGAAAAUAUCAAAGCAAGGUCAGAAGAAACUUGUUUGACAUGUUUUCAUUGUUAAGUAGAUCAAGGAAAAGUCAGAAAAGUUGUCUAAGGUAUGUCAUAUGUUAGGGGCGAAUAAAUGGAGUGUUUUUGUAAGAGUUUCAAAACAUUGUUUCUUUUUUGAAGUCAUUCCAGUUCAAGUGCUGUCACUAGUACAAUCAUCAACUUUUGCAUCUGGAGUAGAACUGAGCAAGAGGACUUCUCUGGAAUCUAAACCAAUCACUUCUAGAGUUUUCCAUUGUUCCAUUUUCAUUUCCUCCAAACCCAAUUCUCUUAAAGAAGAUGAAACUGCUGCACCCAUUCUUGCGCAAAGUCCAUCUUUACCAACCAAUUAGCUUGCAAUCGAUUCACCCCGCACAAGAACCUGAAAACAGCGUAACAGCUGUGUAAAAGGCCAUCACUCAUCCCUUUUUCUUUAACUUCCAAACUUGAAGGAACACCAGAGGGCAUACUGGAAAAAAAAUCUCAGACCAACAUUAACCUUAAGUUGUUGUCAAUUGACUGUUGUUGAGUUAGGGGAGGGGUGGGUGCAGUCUGCAUGAUGCACAGCCAUUGGUUGCUGUCAUAUUCGGUACUAAACAAAAUGAUGAAUACUUCAGAAAGAGAGAUCCUCAAGAGUCUCUGCGAAAAAUAAGCAUGCAAUGUACUUCACAGCCAGCUUGUGAUGUAACACUAGGAGACACAAUUGAUCUUGAUGGCGGUUACAUUAUGCACUCCUCCACGUUAACAAGACUGCAAGUUAGUCAUGACUUAUUCUCUUGAACUUGUCAUAAUUUGUACCUACUAAUUAAAUGUCACGGAAUGUGAUGCAAUCCAGUACAUCACAACAUCAAACUUAACCCUUUAACUCCCAUGAGUGACCAAGCCAAAAUUUCUCCUUACAAUAUCAUUACAGUAUCAACCAGACAAGUGAUGAGAAUGAAGAAAAAUUUCAAUUUGGGGAUAAUUAGUUGAUCCAAUAUUAAAUUCUCUGACCUAACAUUAUAAGAAUUGUAUGGUUGACAGUAAGGAGAAUGACAAAUUUGAUCUGGAAGUUAAAGGGUAA